CGUAGUUCAACCACAAAAAGCGCAACUAGAUACUGGCAAUUUAGAGGGCGUGCACUGCGAGCUGGCUCAAAAAGUUAGUGAAAUGGGGAGAUAUUCGUAGAUCGAACGCUCGUUUGUACAUAUCCUGGCACUCUUCACCUGCAUAUUACCCUCGUUGCCAUCAUGUCCUUACCAUUCACAACCACCCGAAUGGGAUCCAUACCAUUAUCCCCAACGCACACCACAAGUCCCUCCGCACACUACGCAACCCUCUCUGUCUCAGAAACGCUUCAAUCUCUCGGCACGCACCUGGAGACAGGUCUGUCAUCGUCGGAGGCAUCCUACCAGCGGUCUCGCGUCGGUGCCAAUGACCUGACUGUGGAAGAGAGUGAGGGACUUGCGAGCAAGUUUAUCGAGCAGUUUAAGAAUCCAUUGAUUUGUCUGUUGCUGGGAUCUGCUGGGGUCUCGGUAUUGGUUGGGGAGAUUGAUGAUGCUGUGAGCAUAACGCUGGCGAUUAUUAUCGUCGUGGCAGUGGCAUUUGUACAGGAAUACCGCUCAGAAAAAUCCCUUCAAGCACUCAACAAACUUGUUCCCCAUUAUUGCCAUGUAAUCAGAGACAGUCAACUCGUCACCCUUCUCGCCAGCGAGCUUGUUCCCGGCGACAUUAUCAAAUUCUCCACGGGAGACCGUAUCCCCGCCGACAGUCGUCUCGCCACAGCGCACGACCUUCAAAUUGACGAGUCGAGUUUGACGGGGGAGAAUGAACCCUGUCGGAAGCAUACGGAUGUGAUCGAGGGGAGGAGUGAGGAUUUGCCUUUGGCCGAAAGGAGGAAUGUGGCAUUCAUGGGGACGUUGGUGAGGAAUGGUCACGGAUUGGGCAUUGUAGUUGGGACAGGGAAACACACAGAGUUCGGGAUGGUUUUUACGAUGAUGAAGGAGGUCGAAGUCCGCAAGACACCGCUUCAACUCAAAAUGGAUCACCUGGGAAAACAACUCUCUGCCUUUUCUUUUAUUAUUAUCGGCAUAAUUACCUUAAUUGGGAUCCUCCAGGGGCGGCAUUGGUUGGAGAUGUUUACGAUCGGAGUUAGUCUGGCUGUAGCGGCUAUACCAGAGGGACUGCCGAUUGUGGUAACCGUUACAUUGGCGCUCGGGGUCCUGCGCAUGGCAGGACGACAUGCCAUUGUCAAAAAGUUGCCGGCAGUAGAGGCUUUGGGUUCUGUGAAUGUGAUUUGCGCGGACAAGACGGGUACACUGACCAUGAACAAAAUGACUAUUACAAAAUUGUACACGCUUGCGCAGCAAACUAUCAUUGACAUUGAUGACCCCGCCAAUGCUUCCAUGCUGAGCCUUCCCGCUCCGACGAUGCUCUUCCGAAUAGGCAUGUUGUGCAAUAACGCCCACAUGGAGGAAGGACAGGCUGUAGGGCAACCGACAGAGAUUGCGUUUUUAGAGGCGGCAGGCAGGAUGGGUGUGACUGAUGAGCGGAAGGCUCACGUCAAAAUCUCUGAAACACCCUUUAACGCCGAGCGCAAAUGGAUGGCCAUUGAAUCCCGCCCGGUCCAUUCCACAUCUUCACUGCUCUAUGUCAAAGGCGCUAUGGAGCCUAUUCUCGAGCAAUGCAAGCGGUACUAUGUAGGGCCCAACGACGAACGCCCUUUGGAUGCGGGUGCACGGAAUCUGAUUGAAGCUGUUGCGAAGGGUGUCGCGAAUGCGGGGUUGAGGCUAUUGUUUCUGGCUGUGGGACCGAGCUUGGGGGAUUUGUGUCUGGUGGGCUUUGUGGCCAUGUAUGAUCCUCCGAGACCUGGUGUACCGGCGGCGAUUGAUACUUUGGUGAGAGGCGGCGUCAAGAUUGUGAUGAUCACGGGAGAUUCAGAGGGUACGGCAUCUUCCAUUGCCUCUCACCUUGGCAUCCACGUCCCGCCUCGUGGUCUUAUGUCCGGGCCGGACCUCGACGCCCUCUCCGAAAGGGAAUUAGAUGAACAGGUAGAGCGUGUUACCGUGUUUUAUCGGACUACGCCGAGGCACAAGAUGGUGAUUGUGAGGGCCCUACAAGCCAAGGGACUUGUUGUGGCCAUGACUGGAGAUGGAGUAAAUGAUGCGCCUGCCCUACGAUUAUCGGAUAUCGGUAUAUCUAUGGGAAAGAGUGGAACGGACGUGGCAAAGGAGGCUGCAGAUAUGAUUCUUGUUAAUGAUGAUUUCGCGACGGUCUUGUAUGCCAUCGAGGAAGGCAAAUCCAUCUUUUACAACAUUCAAAACUUUCUGCGCUUCCAGCUGUCCACCAGCAUCGCCGCCUUGACACUGAUUGCCGUCGCAACUUUCUUAGGGCUCCCCAACCCCCUCAAUGCCAUGCAAAUCCUCUGGAUCAAUAUUAUAUGCGACGGACCCGUAGCGCAGUCCCUCGGCGUCGAAUCCGUCGAUCCAGAUGUGAUGAAACGACCCCCGCGGGACAAGAAUGAGCCAAUUAUCACGAGGGCUUUUGUGAGCCGGGUACUUAUGUCCGCCUUUGUGGUGGUUGUUGGUACCAUAGGGAUUUAUUCUUUGGAGUUGGGGAGAGGGUUUGUGGAUGAGGAUGAGGCUGGGCGGAGAGGGUCCACAAUGACAUUUACUGUCUUUGUCUUCUUUUCUCUCUUCAACGCCGUCACCUGCCGUUCCCAGACCCGUUCCAUCCUCUUCUCUCUUGGACUCUUCACCAACCGCAUGUUUAAUUUCGCUGCCCUCGCCUGCAUCCUCUUUCAACUCGCGGUCGUGCACUGGAGUGUACUUCAAGCGAUAUUUCAGACAGUAGAUUUGACGUUUGGUGACUGGAUUGUAGUGUUGGGUGUUGGGUCUUUGGUAGUGGGCGUGGAUGAGGUUAUAAAGAGAUGGAAGGGACGAUGGGAACGGGUUAGGGAGGGUAUCAAAGGGGAAGAAAGUGUGUGAUGGUUUUUUGGAUUUUUUAUAUUAUUACUAAUUGCUGCGUUUAUACGCCUCUUUCGAAGAUUUGACAUGCGUCCAUGAAGGCUUGAUGGAAGGUGCUCGCCAGAUAAUAGAAUGGGGCCUCCACGUCUGUAUUUGUUGCCUGAA